AUGGAAGAUUUCGAAUUUCUUAAAACAGUUCAAGUUUCAAACAACAUAGCAAUGGUAUCAAAUUAUUCCAGUCAUAAAUUAAACAUUCCUUACAAUGGAUAUUUUAUAGUUGCAUCAAAUUAUACCCACCUAAUUGAACAUAUAAAAAUCGCAGCAAAGAAAUUUAACUGGAAUCCUGAAGCACGUUUUUUAAUCGUCGUGAAAUUGCUCCAAGAUUUCCAUUUGAAGCAUGUGUUUAACACACUUUUGGAGAAGCACGUACACAACACUGUUAUAAUAGACGGUUCCUCAGAGGGAUAUUUGUACUCCUAUAAUCCUUUUGCUAACUACAGAUGCGGUAAACACUACGAUGAAAUUACCAGCUAUGGCAAAUGUUCAGAAUCACACACGCUAAACCUAUACCCCUAUAAAUACGUCACCGGUCUACGAAAUUGUACCUUGAACGUAUUUGUACCUCAUUGGCCACCCUAUACGAUCGUUCCUGAUAACCGAAACAAAACGUGGAAUGCCCUUUCUUACGGCAUUGAGAUAUAUUUUUUACAUUUAAUUGGUAAGAGGCUUGGAUUCACUUUGAAUAUUACUCUAGCCGAAGAUAAGUAUGAGUCGUUUUCUACGGUGUCUUUAGACAUGGAAGCUGUGGGACAUCUGAAAAUGUUGCAAGACAACCAAAUAGAUAUUGCUUUAGGUGGUCUGGUAUUAGUACCUUCUCGAGCUGCCGCUUUUAAAUACGUAUAUGAUCUUCUUCCUUACGAUGACGAAUUAAAAUUUGUGGUUAAAAAAGCCCAUCUGGUUAGUCUUACCACCAACCCUGCAAGAGAACCUCAGAUUUUAACGGAAACUGAUAUUUUAAGACAUAAGUUGAAGCCAUGUUUUAGUGAAAUAACACGAAAUUAUUAUCAGGAAUCAUCACAAUUGACUGACAUUGACAAUGGCACCAUACCAGAAUGCAACACUAUUCCUGGUAGCAUUCAGAAGACUCGAGACGAGCACCAAGAACUGUUGACGUGUAUUACUGACAUUCUUGACCAGUACUUUGCUGAAAACUUUGAACUCACUGUCGUCAAUAUACAUUCUCAUGAAGAUGAUCUCUUGAAGACCAUACAUUCGACAACAAACUUUGCAUUGAUAACCAGAAUACCGACCCAGAGAAUGUUAAUACCUAAUAUUGGAUAUUUAAUAUCCUCAGAGGAUGUAGUCGAUUUUUUGGAACACUUUCACUAUCUCACACAGGAGCGAACAUGGAACCCACAUGCACGAUUUUUAAUCGUCAUAAAAUUGCUUGAAAAGCUUCAUCUACAACUGAUAUUCAAUGAGCUGUUGAUUCGACGUGUACAUAAUGUGAUAAUAGUAAAUGGUACUGAACACGCUCACCUCUACACUUAUAAUCCAUACGAAAAUUAUGCUUGUGGCUUCUACUAUAAAGGCGUUACACACUACGGCCAGUGUUCAACUACUACUGAUAAUCUAUAUCCAAACAAACUAGCAACUGGACUUAAAAACUGUAAUUUUAGAGCAUUACUUGCACAUAGACCACCCAACAGUAUUGAUCCGACGAAGAUAAAUUACAAGAAAACUUUAUUGGGAAUUGAAGAAUAUGUAAUCACCAUACUGAGUGAACUUGAACACUUUACAGUCACUUUCAACUACAGUUUCGACGGUGACUCGUAUUCUAGGGUAGCACCUAAUAUGACAGCGAUUGGUCAUAUGGCUUUGCUACAAAAUAAAGAAUUCGAUAUUGCGUUCGGAGGACUACUGAUAUCAACAUCACGAGCGGAUGGUUUCUCUUAUCUCCACGGUCACUAUGAUUACGCCAAUGAGUUAUUAUUCGUGGUAAAAAAAGCAUCUUUAGUGCCCACUUGGAAAUAUAUUUACCUCGAAUUCCAACCCAUGGUUUGGGUCUUGCUACUGAUAGCCAUGAUAAUAUACUCAAUCAUUCUUAUAAUUUUGCUCGACUCAAAAGAUAAAACUAAGGUCGUUUUGCGACUGUUGGAAAAUUUAAUUUUGCAUGGCCGCGAUCUUCGCUCACGCCUGUCAGUAGUGUCAGUAAAGUGCAUAUUAAUAACAUGGGUAAUGUCUACGUACUUGAUCAAUACUUUUUACCAAUCUAGUCUGUUUAGUUUAACCAUAUAUCCAAGCUCGGAGUACCAAAUAUCAAAUGAGGGCGAUUUAAUUAAAUAUGAUGUCCAACCCUGCAUGGCACCAAUAAUUCGCGAUUAUAUUGUCAAUGAAAUGGAUCCAAAUUCGAAAGAAGUUUACUCACGAGUAGAAGGAUGUCAGAAUUCAACAGAAUCUUUGCGUACAAUCCUCAGCUCAACUGAAAAUUACUAUACAUUUGUUGCAAGAAUUACUUAUUUGUUCAAUAAACCAGACUACAUGAGCACGUGGGGAGAACCUUUGAUUUACCGUUUUCAGAAACCCUUUAUAAAGUACCUGUACGGAUAUUUUUUCCAUAAGGGCUUUCCAAUCACUCAAAGUCUACAAGUAAAUACGUUACGAUUAAGGGAAAAUGGACUGACAGAUAAGAUUUCAAAUGAACACUAUCACCAGCAACGCUUAAAGAACAAGAAAAGAUUUACGGAAAAACCACCCACGGCAAAUUUGGUGGUUCCUUGGGGUCUUUUAAUUACGGGAUUUAUAAUAUCUACAGUUGUCUUUGUGGUGGAGUUAUUGAUUAAACAUUCAAAAGGGGUUAAACGUGUAAUUUUAAGAUUUAAAUAA